AUCGGUUGAGUUUUCGACUUUCUCUGCAUUAUACAUAAAUCCUCAAUUAAUUGUUUUGAUUAAAAAUUCUAAAAUUACAUUUCUUUAAAAAUGGCUUCGAGCUUAACUACCACUCCAGAGUAUCCAAAGAUGUUGCAGCACAUGACCACCAUCAUCCACUUUUGUGAGAAUGGUCCCCUCGACGAAAAUGGAAGGAGGAUGAGAAUUGUCAACUGGAUAUCGACCUUUGUGCAAGGGAUCAAUGCCACUGUGGCAGAAUAUCGAUCCUGCAUAAGGGUCAUUCGCAAUUUUGAGGCCUCCCCGAUGACCACUGCGCCCUCAGCAACUCCACACAUCAUGUAUCCCUGGGAAGCUACCAAAGCCGUGAUUCAACUCGUAAACGACGUGCCAGUCGAGCGAAGGGUUACUGAAGCCGUGGUGUCAUUCUUCAAAAUUUUACUCAUCCGGUUCAAGCCAACCACGGACGAGCUGGCCAGAUUGGAAAUGGAAAUCUUCCGAGCUUUGCAUGGGUCAUCCAAAAGUGAAAACUAUAAGGACGACAUUGCGCGAAUUUUAAGACAAGACAGAAUCUUCAAGGGCCGACUUUUGUAUGGAAAGUGGAGGAAAUCCCUCGAGUUAAGAAGAUUGGACUUUCCAGAUCUUGACCAUAUCAUUUCUAAUAGUGUACCCGCACUUUGAAAAUGAAGACAUUAGCCUUCCGGCAAUGAGAGCCCGUUGGGACAAAGGUGACCUCACCAUCCACAAUAUAAUCUUUCCGGAAAAUGAGAUGGACCACAGCGGCAAGGACAAUUGACUUCACAAACUGGGUGGCUAUAUACCAUAAACACUAUACCAUAAAUUAAUUCCAAAUGUAAGAUCCGCUUUAACACUUUGCGAUUAAAUAUGAACUUAUCU